AUGGAUACAAAGUUCAUUGGUGCCACUCGCAUCGUACCCGAGAUUCUCCAAGACCGUUUCAGCCGCGAAAGUCCAAAUGUUAUCGAUACCGCUCUCGCCGCGCGGCAGAUCAGCAAGGAUCAGUUUGAGCUCGCACAUAUCAUCUCGAUGUUGUCGUCUUUCCAAAUCAAAGCUUGGUACCGAACACGCAUAGAUGAAGUAAAUCCCUCCGAGAUCGUGUCUGAGCUUCACGUCGUCUAUGUGUGUAUCGCGUUCGACAUCGAGAUGCUCAUGACGAUACGCUUCCAUUGCGGUAAAGGUUCGGAUGGGGAACCUUUUCUCGCAGCACAUUACAUCCCUCGCGCCCUGUCUGGACCUCCUGGCGUUGGUGGCUGGCCUGCUCGUCGUACCCUCGAUCUGCGCGAGUUGGGCCCUUUUGGAGGAGAGAUCUGCGUCGAUUGCCCACGUCUUCGUGCCUUGCUGAACGACCUGGGGGAAGUCGUGCACGCUCUCGGUACCCGCCUGGGUUUCCCCAAGACCGCUAAUCCCAUCGAGAGGUACUUCUCCGAUGUGUUGAUUUGUCCUCAUCGUCUGGACGACGUCCACGGUCUCCAACCUCCGCAGGCGGCAGUCGAUGGCCCUUCCCUGGCGCCGUCAGGGUCGGGCAAAGUCCACUCAAAGGCCACGCGACGGAGUCUGCGCAAAGAAGAUCCGGUCAAAGUACUCGAAGAUCGUCGGAGUAAAGUCAUCCGCAAACUGCGAAAGGGUAGAGGCGAUGUCGCCGAUCAAAUUCCGUCAUUAGAGUUUCGUUAUUAUGCUCCAGGCAAGGAGCAUGAACAUGGACCGAUGCUCAUCCGCUUCGUCGACAUGCUCGGGUUCGUGAAGGCGACGUCCCGUACGCUUAUAUGUCCCAAAGACCCGGUCUGGCAGGCUGUGAGGAGGCGCCAUGCGGUGGUGCAGUGGGAAUUGAAGUGGACGGAUCGGCGGUUUGGUUUUGAUGUUCUUUUCCGCAUAUGCCUCCACGGACGUUCCCUUCCAUCGAUAGAGCCCGGCUCAGAGGGCCAAUAUGUGUCGCCUGAGCCCAUGUGGCAUUACGCGCCACUCGUUGCGUACCGCAAUGACGGGGAGAACUUGGACGAUGUCCCUCUUGGUGAACUAGGCCCUGUCGGGCGCGAGCUCUAUGUCUCCACCAACACGGAGGACAUAGCAUCUCUGAUGCGGAGGCUCGGGCGAGACUAA